UCCAUCCAUCCACGAAGCCUCGCCGCCGUCGCCGCGCCACCGAAUCGUCCGCCGCCGCCUGUACAUUUAUAUACGUAGCUCCCAAAGCAUAUAUCCUCUGCGCCUUCCCCAAGAGCUAGCUUAUCUAAGCUGCUGCUUGAGCUUGAUCUCUCCGGCCGUGCGUGUUGCAGUAAGAAUUAAUCAGCUGCCGCGUUAACCAAUUUGUUCACAGGAUGGCGCUGGGCGGGCGCGCGGCCGUCCUCGUCCUGCAGCUCGCGGUCGCUCUUCUCGCCGUGCUCCCUCGCCACGUGUCGGCAGACCUCGCCGCCGACCAGGCGGCGCUGCUGGCCCUGCGCGCCGCCGUGGGGCCCCAUCUCCCGUGGGACGUGACCACAUCACCGUGCAGCGGCCUUUGGCUCGGCGUCGGCUGCUCCGGCACCGCCCCUCUGGAGCGCGUCGUGGAGCUCCGCCUGAUCGGCAAGAGCCUGAGCGGCCAGAUCCCUGCGGGCACGGUGGGCAACCUCACGGCGCUCCAGACGCUCUCGCUCCGGUUCAACGCCAUCUCGGGCGCCAUCCCUGCCGACAUCGGCGCAGCCGCCCAGCUCCGGUGGAUGUACCUGGCCGGGAACCGCCUCGUGGGGGAUGUUCCGGAGGGCUUCUUCUCGCUCGCGCUGCUCAAGAAGGCCGAUCUCUCCGGGAACCGGCUAACCGGCGGGGUAUCCCCGCAGUUCAACGCGCUCCGGAGCCUCGCCACGCUGAACCUCGAGGGGAAUGACUUUGCCGGCGCUCUCCCGAGCGGGCUCGCGCUCCCCAAGCUCACCCAGUUCAACGUCUCGGGCAAUGCCAAGCUGAGCGGCCCCGUGCCGGCCUCGCUCUCCGGGAUGCCAGCGAGCGCUUUCGCUGGCACCGCGCUCUGCGGGCCCCCUCUCGCCACGUGCGCCAGCCCCGUGGCCCCGCCGCCGCCGACGCCGUCUGGGCACGACGGCGGCGACAACAGCGAGCUGUCCAGCGGCGCGAUCGCGGGGAUAAUCGUCGCCGCGGUGGUGCUUCUGAUGCUCGUGCUCACGGCGUGGUUCCUCAUCUGCUUCCGCCGCCGGCGAAGAGCUGCUAACGCCGGGACGACGACGACCACGGAGACCGCGGCGGCGGACGUGCACGAGGGCACGGGGCCGAUCACGGUGACCGUGGCCAUGACGGACAGGGACGCCGUGAAGCGCUCGCACACGGUCUCCCCGCCGUCGCCCUCGGCCACGACAGCCAUGGUGGCGCUGACGGGGGACGGGAGGAAGCUGGUGUUCCUGGGCGGGGCCCCCGAAAAGCCCUACGACCUGGAGACGAUGCUGCGGGCCUCCGCCGAGGUGCUGGGCAAGGGCGUCCACGGCACGACCUACCGCGCCACGCUCGACGGCGGCGACCCCGUCCUCGCCAUCAAGCGGCUCCGCGACGUGCGGCUCCCCGAGCGCGAGUUCCGCGACAAGGUCGUCGCCCUCGGCGCGCUGCGGCACGAGAAUCUCCCGCCCCUCCGGGCUUACUUCUACAGCAAGGAGGAGAAGCUCCUCGUCUUCGACUUCGUCGGCGCCGGCAGCCUCUGCUCCCUCCUCCACGGCAACGGGGCGGAGGGGCGGUCGAGGCUGGACUUCACGGCGAGGGCGAGGAUCGCGCUGGCGGCGGCGAGAGGGGUGGCGUACAUCCACGGGGGAGGAGGCGCCUCCAGGCUGGCGCACGGCGGGAUCAAGUCGUCCAACGUGUUGGUCAACGCGGCGCGGGACGGCGCCUACGUGGCGGACUACGGGCUGGCCCAGCUGGCCGGGACCGGUUCCCUCCCGAAGCGUGGCACCGGGUACCGGGCACCCGAGGUGACGUCCGACGCGGCGAAGGGGGCGGCAUCGCAGAGCGCCGACGUGUACAGCUUCGGCGUGGUGGUGCUGGAGCUGCUGACGGGGCGGGCGCCGACGCACGCGCUGGCGGAUGACGGGGCGCCAGGUGGCGGCGGGGUGGACCUGGCGAGGUGGGUCCGGUCCGUGGUGCAGGAGGAGUGGACGUCCGAGGUGUUCGACUCUGUUAUUGGGAAUGAGCCGAGGGUGGAGGAGGAGAUGAUGCGGCUGCUGCAGCUGGGGAUGGACUGCACCGAGCGGAGCCCCGAGCGGCGGCCGGACAUGGCCGAGGUGGAGGCCCGGAUCGAGCGGAUCGUCGAGGACGCGUGCCGGAGGGCCGACUUCAGCAGCACCGACGGCAGCCGGAGCGUGUCAGCCUGAACGGCCAUCUUUUCCUUUUUCAAGCUUCCGGCUCGUUGAUUGCUUCUGGGAAAUGAGACAAUUCGGUUCUGUAGUUUGGCAUUUUGUUGUUGUUGUUCCAUUGUUGUUGGGCUGCCGGAUUCUGCAGUGGCAUAAGAAAAGCCGCCUCGUAUACUACAUUGUUCAUCUUUGAUUAAUGUUGCUUCGUGUUUACUUCUUCCUGACUAUAGUGAUCAAAUUUGUUAUUCUUUGCCGAAUGCAAUAAAGUUGCUUCAUCAGGUUUAUCCGUUAAUUAACCCAGAGUCCCGUCAUUAGUUUCAGGAAAUCUCAACUUGAUUGCACUUGCUUUUGGAAAUUAACUUGAUUACACUUGUAUCUGCACUUGUCAACCUCGGCACCAAUAAGCAUAAUCCUUCCUUCCAAAAAAAUAAAAUAGGCAUAUUCCAUAACCGUAUAAAACUAGAGCUCAACUAUAGUGUACCCAUAGAGUCAGCACUGCUCUGUAGACAAAUGCAUGAUAAGCAGCAAACAGGAGCUGCAUACUUCUAUUAUGGGAGAAACUGCAACUCCAGAACUAGUCAU